GCACUUUCGAACAUCCUUUACUAGACAAGAUGGCGGCCACCUUGUUGUACCUUGGCAGUGUGUAAUAAUCACGAGACACAGUUUGUUUUACAUGACUGCUCGGCCAAAUAAAUAACUGCCAGAGGUUACAUAAUGGCGUCGGUAGUAAUGAGGGAGAACAAAGACACAGCAAGUUACUACACAACAAAACACUCGUGGAGAGGAAAAUACAAGCGUGUGUUCUCUGUCGGGGACAAAGGCAUAACAACUUACAAUCCCAACACACUGGAAGUAACAAACCAGUGGGCGUAUGCAGAUUUCUUUGGUAUCGCUCCCAACUCCAAAUCUCAAACCAUCAAUGAGUUUGUCAUCAACAUCAGAAAAGGGAAGAAGACGGAAUCCAUGAGGUUUUCCACGGAUCACCGACCUGACGUUCUCACAGAAGCAUUAAAAUUCCGGAAGGAUUUCGCGGGUGGGAAUAAGUACGAUGAGCCGCGAUUCAAUGCAUACAAGCAGCACUGGUCAGAUUCACGCAGGCAGGUCAUACUGGAAAUCAACGCCUGCGGAAUAGAUCAGAUCAACCCUUCCAACAACAAAGUCUUGUGUUCCUACUACUACAGAGACAUUGAUGCAUUUACAGAGGUUACUGGUUACCCAGGAGGCUUUGCUGUGAUUCAUGGGGGCUUCGGCAGACUACAUAUAUUCGCUUGUGAUCGGAGAGAUGAGCUUUUAAAGAAAGCCAUGGAGUACGCUAGUACCUAUGUGGGUGUGACAAUCAGAAAGAGGAAAGAAACCAUGACCUUGGACCAGAGCAUCAUCAACAAGAUGGGCAAGUACAGUAAUGAUGAGAGCCUGACAUCAUUAGCUGAGUUCAACGUUCAGAAGUGGUCCAGUCGCCAUGAAGAGCCAGCCAAGAGGGUGUUGUGCCUAACAGAGACAUGUAUCGUGGAGCGAGACCCUGCUAGCUAUAGUGUGGUUACAGUCAAACCACUCUGCAACGUAUUUGCCAUUGUGCGGAGCAUGGAGAAUCCCCAGGAAUUCCAUCUAGAAUCAGUGAAAGGCACAGUGACCAAGUACACAUCCACUGACAGGGAUAAUCUGAUAGCCAGUGUGCUAGAUGGUGUCCGUGCCAGUGGUAAUCGAGACGUCUGUGUCAAGCUAGUCAUGACUAAUCGUGGGCAGAGGCAGGACCCUUUGUUUGUUCCUGUAGAGGAGGAGGUUGAAGCUCAUUGCUUACGCUUCCUGGCUCAACCUCCAAACAAUGACUUCAACUUGGCUGUAAUGAGGUUCAACAACAAUGUGUCAUAUAGUGGCCUACUCCAUGCCGUUACACAAGAUAGUUUCUUUGCAGAGAACAAAGAGAAGUUGAUCAGGGGAGCAAUCACAGCCAUCCUGGCCAGAGAUGAUGACCCAGUAGCAAUGCCUGCGAAGGAGUUAGAAGGCAUUUUCCAAGCGUUACGGAGAUUAGUGGCCUCUAAGGCUGGCUUCAUGGCCUUCACCUCAUUACCAAAGUUCCGUGAGCGAGUUGGGUUAAAGAUCAUCAAAAUCUUGAAGAGACAAGAUGAUUUUGUGAUCCAUGCAGCCAUUGAUAUGCUGUGUGCCUUGAUGCAGCCCAUGCAUGAUGAUUACGACCUGAGACAGGAACAGCUCAACAAGUCGUCUCUUCUCUCCUCCAAGAAGUUCCUAUCCAGUCUACUGGAACUCUUCAACUUACAUGUGAACCGUGGGACUGGUGCAUUGGUCAUCACUUCCCUGCUGGACUUCCUGACCUUUGCCCUGUGUGCUCCCUACAGUGAGACCACAGACGGUACCCUCUUUGACUCCUUGCUUGAGCUGGUGGCUGAACAAGGAAGAGUGCUCUUUAGGUUAUUUCAGCAUCCGUCCAUGACCGUGGUGAAAGGAGCUGGUCUGGUCAUGAAGGCAAUCAUUGAGGAAGGAGAUGCCGAAAUUGCAGCUAAGAUGCAGGAGCUUGCCCUGGCAGAGGGCGCCCUUCCAAGACACUUACAUGUUGCAAUGUUCACAUCUAGUACAGACACACGCAUGCUGACAAACAGACAGUUGAGUCGACAUCUUGUUGCAUUGUGGGUAACCGGCAACCCAACAGCACUAGGACUCCUAAAACGCAGUCUGCCUGCUGGGCUCCUGUUGUUCCUUGACUCGGAGGAUAAAGUUCCAGAGAAGGAGAGGGACCUCAUUCACAUGAGAGACAAUCUCAAGAUGGCUCAGGACCAGUCCGGCAAGAGUAACCGCAGUUUUCAGUUUCAUCAGAUCGAGGGCGUGCUGCUCCACUGGAAACAACGGAUCACUAAGGAGAGGAAGAAGCAAGACGCGGAGUUGAAACCCAUUGUGUUGAGGAAGCGUCGGCAGAGGAUCAAGAGUGAGGAUAACUGGGACUUCUUCUACUACAAGUUUAACCAGGAUCACGCCCUACCAAAUCUGAUAUGGAACUUCAAGACCAGGGAAGAGCUGAGGCAGGCCCUUGAGAAUGAGAUGCGAUCCUUCCGCACUGACUGUGACCUGAGCAGUGGCCAUACGAUAUCCUGGAAUCAUGUGGAGUUUGAGGUUCAGUAUGAAUGCCUUUCCGAUGAGAUCAAGAUUGGAGAUUACUAUCUCAGGCUGCUGCUGGAGGCGGAUGAGAGUAAUGAGGAGAUCAGUGCCAUCAAACGAUCGUAUGAGUUCUUCAAUGAUCUGUACCACAGAUUUCUCCUGACCAACAAGAUGAGCAUGAAGUGCAUGUGUCUCCAUGCCCUGGCCAUUGUGUAUAGCCGAUGUAAUGAAGAGAUUGGCCACUUCAAUGACACGCGCUACAUUGUGCAGAUGCUGGAAAGGUGUACAGACAGGCAGGAGCGAGACAGGCUGGUGCUGUUCUUAGACAAGCUUCUAUACAUCAGACGGAAUGUCAAGGAGCUCAUUGAUGCUAAUGGCAUCCGCGUCCUGGUUGACAUCUUGACGCUAGCUCACUUGCAUACUUCAAGGGCCACGGUUCCAACACAGACCAACGUGAUUGAGGCAGCCCCGGAUUCCCAAGAAAGCAGUGAAAAGGAGUGGUACUACGGCAACGUGGAGAGGGAACGGCUUGGCCCAUUCAGCUUUGGCCAGAUGAAGGAUCUAUGGAAAGAAGGCAGCAUCAAUGCCAAGACACGAUGCUGGGCCCAGGGUCUGGAAGGCUGGAAACCCCUGCAUCAGAUCCCGCAACUCAAAUGGGUAGUGCUGGCUACAGGCAAUGCUGUCUUGAAUGAGAGUGACCUGGCUACCAUGAUCCUCAACAUGCUCAUCAGAAUCUGUGGCUACUAUCCCAGCAAAGAUUUAGAUGGAGCCAUUAUCCGCCCAUUACCAAGACCAAAGAGACUCCUGUCAGAUGCUACUUGUCUACCACACAUAGUCCAGCUCCUGUUGACCUUUGACCCCAUCCUAGUAGAGAAGGUCUCUGUGUUGAUCUUUGACAUCAUUCAGGACAACCCAGGCCUGGGUCGGCUCUACUUAACAGGAGUAUUCUUCUUCAUUAUGAUGUAUACAGGAUCCAAUGUACUACCACUGGCAUGGUUCUUGAAGUACACCCACAUGCGGCAGGCUUUCAGGUCUGAUGAGACUAAGCAGUCAGACACCAUGCAUCGCAGCAUUCUGGGCCACAUACUACCUGAGGCCAUGGUUCAUUACCUAGAGAACCACAGCGCUGAGAAGUUUGCUGAGACAUUCCUGGGAGAGUUUGACACACCAGAAGCCAUCUGGAGUGCAGAGAUGAGGCGUAUGAUGAUUGAGAAGAUAGCUGCUCAUAUAGCUGACUUCACCCCACGCCUGCAGAGUAACACACGGGCCAUGUAUCAGUACUGCCCCAUUCCUCUCGUCAACUACCCUCAGCUGGACGGAGAGCUGUUUGUCAAUAUCUAUUACCUGAGGCAUCUCUGCGACAAAGAGCGCUUCCCAGAUUGGCCCAUUAGAGAACCCGUCAAACUACUGAAGGACAUCCUGGAGGAAUGGAAGAAAGAAGUUGAAAAGAAACCUCCAUCCAUGUCCAUCGAGGAAGCCUAUGAAGUCUUGAAACUCAAGACAGCUGUUGGAGGCCAUGAAGAGUCAGUCAUCCGCAAGGCUUAUUUCCGUAUGGCUACAAAGUACCAUCCUGACAAGAAUCCAGAGGGCAGGGAUAUGUUUGAGAAAGUCAGCAGUGCCUAUGAGUUCCUGUGCAGUAAAUCCUCCAAGAACAUGGAUGGGCCCAAUCCAGACAACAUUGUGCUUAUCCUACGCUCUCAGAGUAUCCUCUUUGAGAGAUACAAAGAUAUCCUGGAGCCAUACAAGUAUGCCGGUUACCCCAUGCUCAUCAAGACUAUUCAGAUGGAGACUCAUGACGAUGCACUGUUCUCCAAGUCUGCUCCACUGUUGAUUGCAGCCAGUGAGUUAGCCUUCCACACUGUCAACUGCUCAGCACUCAAUGCAGAGGAACUGUGCCGAGAGAAUGGCAUUGAGGUUCUGCAAGAAGCCUUUGUACGUUGUGUGGGUGUACUAAGUAAAGCCAGUAAACCUCAUGACUUGGCUGUGCAGGUAUGCAUCAAUGUGAUCAAGUGCUAUGCAGUGGCAGCCCAGUUUGAGAUGUGUCGUGACCGAAUCACUGAGAUGCCAGCUAUUAUCAAAGACAUAUGCAGGACACUCUACUGCCAGCAUCUGAGCACAUUGUGCAUUGAAUCCUGCAAGUGUGUGAGUGCCUUUGCCGUGGAUAAGUACCUCCAGGAUCACCUGCAGCAAGCGGGAGUACUCUGGCAUCUAUUGCUGUUCCUCUUCAAGUAUGACUUCACCUUGGAUGAGUCUGGAGUGGAGGUUGAAUCUAGCACCAACCAACAGCAAAUGGCCAACAAUCUUGCCCGCCUGAGCCUAAUAGCUCUGACCAGGUUGGGAGGAUACCGUCAGGAUGAGGAGAAAACCCCAGAGAAUCCUGCCAUCAGGAAAUCAUUGUCAGCUCUCCUCAGUCCCUAUCUGGCCAAACAACUCUCCCUGCAAACACAAAAUCAGGAUGCUGUGCCUGUCAAUGAGGUUUUGAAGAUCAUGAACAGUAACACAGAGAAUCCAUAUUUGGUAUGGGACAACUCAACUCGGGCAGAGCUGACAGAUUUCGCUGCCAACCAACAGCACGACCACAUAAGAACGGGAGAGAGUGAUCCUGCGUUUGGUGCAGAUUUUGUCUUCACUGCCCAUGCCAAAGAGCUGAUCAUUGGUGAAGUGUUUGUACGAGUUUACAAUGACCAACCAUCCUUUCCCUUGGAGGAUGCCAAGGGGUUUACAGUCAGCUUACUAGAUUAUCUAGGCUCCCAGGCUCAGUACCUGCACUCCUUAAUGGCCCUGACAUCUCAAGCAGUAGACACUAGUAAGAACAGCACCCAGGCCAAGCGACUGCGUGAUUGUGAGAUGGCCUUAGAAUCACUUGGAAAUGUCAUCAAGAACAAUCCAGGUACCGAGUUACAGUGCAAUGGCCAUUACAAACUGCUGUUCUCCUUGCUCAAGCUGACUGGGGCUACCAAGCUACAGAUGCUGGCAUUGGAGGUUGUAAGGAAUGUGACAACCAACAGGGAAUGUGUGGCCAACAUUGCUGACUCAGAUGUACUUCCCUAUCUGCUACUCACUCUUCAUUCAUUGCCAUCAGGAUGCUUGACGGUGAUUGAAACCCUGAAUGCCUUGUCUUCCAAUACCAAAAUCAUCAAAGAGAUUACCGCCAAAGGUGGCCUGGUGUAUGUUCUAGACCUCUUCUGCAACUCUCCUAACCCCAAUGUGAGGGAGAAGUCAGCCGAGCUCUUUGCCAAGAUGCAGUCAGACAAGUUGAUGGGACCACGCAUCAGGAUUCUCCUGUGCAAGUUUCUGCCCCCCAUCUUCAUGGAUGCAAUGCGAGACAGCCCGGAGGCAAGCAUUCACAUGUUUGAAGGUGUUCAUGAAAAUCCAGAGUUGAUUUGGAAUGAUGAGGCCAGAGAGAAGGUCUCAGUGACGGUCAAGAGGAUGAAAGAUGAACACUACAAGAAUCAGAAUACAGACAUUGACGUGACAUGGAAACUACCCGAGACCUUUUCUGUUGCCUAUGUGGACUCGGAAGGUGAGGUGGUGGUUGGUGGUGUCUUCUUACGUCUCUUCAUCUCCCAACCUACAUGGGUUCUACGCAAACCAAGAGAGUUUAUGGUGGCUUUGCUGGAGAAAUUUACCGAUCUCAUCACGAAGAAGUCACCCAAUAAUGAGGAGUUGGAAAUGGUGACGUCAGCCGUGGUGAAUCUGUUCAAAGCCCAAACCAACCUUGCCUCUCAGUUACCCCAGCUGGGCCACAUACCCACCAUCUUGACUGCCAUGAAGUCCAAGAAUGAUGCCAUCCCACGCGCUGCAUUAAUCACAGUCAAUAGCAUUGUGGAAGAUGAUAUCUGUGUGCGUAGCAUGGCUCAGAGUGAAUGCAUUGGGCCAAUGAUUGCAGGGAUGAAGACACGGCCAGAUAUGACAGCUGUGGCAUGUGACAGUCUGCACAAAAUGUUCCAGAAAGAUCAGUCAGACCUAGUCAAACAGGCCUUAGAUAAUGAUCUGGUGCAGUUUUUGCUGGGGCUGCUGUCUGACAGCCUGAACUCGAUAGACAACCCAGCAGCAACCAAGGCACAGAUUGUGAAGUCACUCAAGGCUAUGGCUAACUGUCUAGAGUAUGGAGAACAGGUGACAGAAAUAUUAGAGAAGUCGUCAGUGUGGUCAUCCUACAGAGAUCAGAAGCAUGAUCUGUUCCUGUCUAACACCAACGUCUCUGGUUAUCUCACAGGUCCUGGGGUGGCUGGUUAUCUCACACAAGGCACACCCUCCACCGUCCCAAGUGCCCCGCCUCCGAUAGAUCCUAAUCAAGAACCAGCAGAUGAGUCUUGAUCAGAAAACUGGCUCAGAUUUGGAAGCAAGAUUUGAAGUCUGAAUAGACGCAAAUAGAGUCAGAACAAAUUCUGGGGAAACUCUGUUCACAGCUAAUUUUGAAAUGGCAAUUUUUGUUUUGUUUUUAGCAAAAGUAUUAAUUUGUUAAAAAUGAUUCCCUUGUUCAAACAAUAUCCUUUUUUUAUAACAAACAACAAAAUAUAACAUUACUCCAAAACAGUAACUCAAUAAACUUAUGACUGUAAACUUGAUCGUUUUUGGAAUAAAUUAAUACAUGUAGUUCUUUUAUUAGUUCUUGGCAAAAACUUUUAAUUUUUAGCUAAAAAAUUGAUGGCACCCAAAACGUAAUGAAGGACACAAAGUUAUAUUUUCAUUUAUUAUUUGUGUAUAAAAUUGAAAUAACAGUUACCUGGGAACUUAAGUUUAAAAUUGAACAACAUCAUUUGAAGGUGAGUUGAGAGAAAGAUUGGAGUAUAUGUUCAAAUUUAAUGAGAUCUGGAAUCUUGUUCCCCAAAAAUGGAUUCAGUAUGAAUUGUGACGGUCGCUUAUCAACAUAAAAGAUCACACUGAAUGGCAAAGGCUUUAAAUUUAAAGCUUGUGAUAUUGAAGCUUGUAUAUAAAAAAAUAUUUUGUUGAAACUGAAUCAUAUAAGAUACAAACAAAACGUGCAGCUUUAUACUAAAAUAUUUUAUUGGAGCCACAGCUUUUAGAUAAAAUUCAUUUUUGUUCUUCUUUAUUUGAUAACCUCAAGCAACAUCAGGUUUCGAAUGCUAGCAACUGAGGACUAAAUUUCACUUCUCAUGUAGAAAAGGAGUAUGUAUAUCAUCAAAUGAAGUCUUAAGUUAUCUUUUUUUCUGGAAUGUACUUGGAGCAGUCCUUAACAUUGAGUCCAAAACCAUCGCUUACAAAGUCCCACCCAGCAUUUUUUUUUUGGAAUGAAGGAAUAUUGCAAUGUUGUGCGUGGUUGGUGCUAGGCUGCCUGUUGGGCGAUUCAAGAUUGUCUUUACUGUCUAUCACUAGUGCAGUGCCCGUCUAAAAUGUGCAUGUUCGGGAAACGCAAAUUGCUUUGCCGCUGGUAUAGGUUGCAUACUUGCAGAGUUUUGGAGAAUUGCUCGUGCAAACAACGCACGCGAUUCAAUGGUGUUGUUUUCACAGGUUGAACGCACACUUACGUCAAAGUUGCCUGACGAUGGUUUUGCAUGCAGUGUUGCAAGUUACUCUGAGUUAAGUUCCAGAAUACGUGUAGAUUAUGGAUUUUUCAUCAACUUGUUCCUGAUGACAGGUGUAUGAGGAGUAAUCAUCACUUGUGGAGCCAAGAAAGAGUUGGAUUUUUUUGCUUUUAUGGAGAAAAGCAUCCAUAAGAAGACAAUGAUGAUAUGUCUGCAGAAUGAGUUCAAUAAGAUCAUGUGUAUCUAAGGCAAACUAUUGAUGAGUUUUCUUUCCUUGAUAGUUUCAAUGGAGAUCAUGCCACCAUCAGACAGAGUGUCCAAUUCUUCAUACAUGUAGAUACAUUAGGUUGGGCUGUUCCCAUGUAUUCCCCACAAGCAUUCCGACUGUCUGUCAGAAAGUCGGAAAUGUUGGCAUGCUGACACUUCCGAUGGGAAUACCGGCCAGUGAAGUAUGAAAUUUGGACGCAGUCAAUUGUGCUAUGCAGAAAUUGUUCAUACUUCCCAAGUCAGACAUAACUAAAGGGGAUUAGAUAUGCAGUACAGAUAUUGUUUUAAUAUUAGUUGUUUUGCAAGGAGUACUUCCCAAAUGCCAAAUUUGUACAUGUAUUGGCAACAACAUUCAGUGUUUCAAUUAUGUGAAUGAUCUGUUUCCAUGACCUCUGUAAAAAAAAAUUGUCUGAUGAAAA